CAAUCAAUCAUCAGGGAGUGCCGUUAUAAAGGCGCUACAGAUCAAAAGAAGCGGAAAAAGAACCCAUUGGCAACGCUGUCCGCCCCAAUCAGCUGUUCCAAGGGGCGGGCCAUGGCUCCUCCCACGACCUCUUCUAUUAAGUGACAAACAGGCCCAGGAGGCAAUACAGGUCAGGUCGCCCCUUCCUCCCUAUCUUCACCGUCCGCCAUGAACAUUGAACCGAACAAGGCGCCUUCUACCAGGGAUGUGCUGAGGAAGAUAGGGGAUGUGGACGACGAGAAGGAAGGCCUCAUCACAUCCCCCCUAGUGAAGCCUGAAGGUAUGUUUGGGGCUCGGCAUGUACUGGGCAUCAUGGGGUUCCUGGGGUUUGCAAAUGUGUACGCCAUGCGAGUGAACCUCUCUGUGGCGGUGGUGGCGAUGGUCAACAACUCCGCUAUCUCCCACGUCAACAAGACCUCCUCGGACGCUUGCCCAGGCACCGGCAUGAACUCCACCGACACCGACAGUCAGGACGGAGAAUUCGCGUGGGACGAAAACAAACAGGCGCUUAUCCUCGGCUGCUUCUUCUGGGGGUAUAUCAUCACCAACCCCAUAGGAGGCCGCCUCGGAGAGCUGUUCGGAGGCAAGAUUGUGUUCGGCAUUGGGGUGCUGGUGACGGCUGUGCUCACUCUUCUUACCCCGAUCAUUGCGCGCACCUCUGUUCCUCUGCUCAUUGCUGCGCGCGUAUUGGAAGGUCUAGGGGAGGGUGUAACGUUCCCAGCCAUGAAUGCAUUGAUGGCACGCUGGGUUCCUCCUCUUGAGCGCAGUAAAAUGUCGUCGCUGGUAUAUGCAGGGGCGCAGUUUGGCACGGUGGUCUCCCUUCCAAUCUGCGGUCUGCUCUGUCAGUCCACCUUCCUCGGGGGCUGGCCAUCGGUCUUCUAUGUGUUUGGCGUGCUCGGAGUGCUCUGGUUCGUGGUCUGGACUAUCCUGAUCCACAGUGAGCCCGAGAAUCAUCCGCGCAUCCGCCUGGACGAGAAGGUGUACAUUCAGCGCUCCCUUCAGCGUACGGGCUCGGACAAGACACCCCCAAUACCAAUCAUGAGCGUGUUGACCUCCAUGCCGUUCUGGGCGAUCUUCGUGGUCCACAUCGCGCAGAACUGGGGCUUCUACACGCUUCUGACGGAGUUGCCGACGUAUAUGAAGAACAUCCUGCAUUUCAACCUUGCCAGCAGCGGCUUCAUGUCAGCGCUCCCAUACCUUGCGAUGUGGUUGUUCAGCCUCGCCUCCGGACAGUUGGCUGACUACCUGCGCUCCGCCGGUAUCCUCUCAACCACCACCACUCGGAAGGUCUUCAACAGUAUAGGUAUCUACGGCCCCAUGGUGUGCAUCGUCCUGGUGGGGUACGCCGGCUGCAACAAGAUCCUCACCAUUGUCCUCCUCUGCAUUGGGGUCGGUCUGAACGGGGCCAUUUAUUCUGGCUACAUGAACUCACAUCUCGACAUCGCUCCGAAUUUUGCCGGGACGCUGAUGGGGCUGACCAACUGCGCCGCCACUGUCCCGGGAUUCCUGGCGCCUAUGGCCGUCGGUGCGAUGAUCAACGGAAGGGACACGGUCACACAAUGGAAGCUGGUGUUUUGGAUCGCUGCCAUCAUCUACUUCAUCGGCAACACCUUCUACAUCAUCUUUGUGUCGGGCGAGGAGCAACCCUGGAACAACUUGCCAGCAGACAGCAGUCGGAGUAGCAGCGAGCUGGAAGGGGAAGCUCGAGGGCAGUCAGCAGGCCAGUACCAAACCUUCGCCUCGCCUGAAGAGGGCACCACCUCACCCCCCGCCAAGGUCCCUGAGAUAUUUUGAAGGAGUUUGGUGAGGUGCGGUGGGGUGGGGUAUGGGUGACACGGAGGACAGAGAAGACGCAUGCUGUGACCUCAAGGAUGGUGAUAUAAACACUCUGGAAGGUUGUGGUAAUGUGGGUUGUGCUACUGGAAUUUGGACAUGUGAGGAGGAGAAGAACACAUCCUGACAUGCACUGAACUUUGAGGUAGAGGGCAGAAGACCACCAGGAAGGCCAAGGAAGAUGUGGAGAAAGGUGGUGGAGGAAGAUACGAGGAGGCUGAACAUCACGGAAUAAAUGGCUAUGGACCGGCAACAGUGGAGGAGGCUCGUAUCCCGUCCAACCCCACCAUAGGGAAUAAAUGGACGUUAAACGAUGAUGAUGAUGGGAUGGUUCCAUUAUAAGAGUACAGCCGUGCCUCAGUUUACGAGGUUAAUUUGUUCCGGAAUGUUGCUUGUAAGCCACAACUUGUAAACCAAAACAAACGCACAGUAGAGCAUAAACUGAAGCAGACACGAGCGCACGGGUGAUACCUCUGUGAGUGCCCAACGCAGACUGAGACCCCCUCCCUAUCGAUUUCCGCUCUGAGUGCUCUCGUCUUGCAGUGAACAAAGGGAACCCACGCUCACGUCUUCAACUUGUACAAACAGGAUGCUUGUAUGCCAAGUCACCACUCGUAAGCCAAGGCAUUUUUAGUAAUUUUAUUUUUGGACGUAAAUCAAAAUACUCGUAAACCGAGGUAUUACUGUAUAUAGAGAGACUAACAUAAGGAAGUUUGAAGGUUGUGUAAUAAGAGAAACAGAAGAAGGAAGGGAGUUUGAAGGUUCUGUAACACAAAUAAGAAGAGAAGGGGGUGUGAGGGUUCGUUAGUAAGAGUACCGGGAGAAGGGAGGGAGUGAGGGUUUGUUAGUAAGAGUACCGGGAGAAGGGAGGGAGUGUGAGGGUUUGUUAGUAAGAGUACCGGGAGAAGGGAGGGAGUGUGAGGGUUUGUUAGUAAGAGUACCGGGAGAAGGGAGGGAGUGUGAGGGUUUGUUAGUAAGAGUACCGGGAGAAGGGAGGGAGUGUGAGGGUUUGUUUGAGUACCAGGAGAAGGAAGGGAGUUUGAGGGUUCUGUCAUAUGAAUAAGAAGAGAAGGAUGUGUAGAGGUUGUGGAAAUAACUUGACAAGCAACAUAGUACAAUCGUCCCUCAAAUAGUACGGUUUCCAAUAGUUCAGUUUUGGUUUUGUGUGGAUUUUCAUAGAUUUUUCAGGAUUUUUGAAUUUCCCGAUAAGCAGAAAAUUUAAAAAUCCUAAAAUGAUCUUCCAUGACAAUCCGUAUAAAACCGAAACCGAGCUAUUUGAGGGACAACUGUAUUCUUAAGCACAAGAAGAUGAGCUUAGAAGACCAGAACUGUGGACCCUCCAUUUAGCAUGCUUAAGUUUUAUGGAUUUCCCUAGAAGCACGCAUCCUCGAGUCGACUCCUUCACACACACACACACACACACACGCACACACAGAAAGCCAAGCCUGUCCAGAUAAAUAUGAUAGCCUUAAACAGUGUAACCAGACCGUCAGUUUAGUAAUCCCACACUAUAGUCCGAUAAACAGUAUAGCUAUCAGGGGUGUGGAGUCGGAGUUUAAAUUUUCCGACUCUGACCCCCAUGUCCCUCCCCCUCUAUUGCAAAUCUUUUUAUUUUUAUUUUUAGGUGCUGCCUGACGCGCCGGUAGACUCUCUUGAGGUCCUUUUUCUUACAUGUAUUUACAUCCAAAUUACGUGUACUCUAUAUAGACAACACCUAAAUAAUGUAAAAGAAAAAAACUUCACAACUACAUUACACGAUAAAUGAUUACGUUAAGGAGUCGGAGUCGGGGAUAUUUUUACCGACUGACCAAAAGUAGCCGACUCCGCCGACUCCACACCCCUGAUAGCUAUAAUCAGUGUAGCCAGACAAAUAGUGUAACCUUCCAAAACAGUAUAGCCUGACAAAGUUUAACAGUGUAACCAGACCAUCAGUAUAGUCCGACAAACAGUAUAGCCAGACAAAUGGUGUAACCUUCCAAAACAGUAUAGCCUGACAAACAGUGCAACCUUCCAACCAGUAUAGCCAGAUAAAGAGUGAAACUUUCCAGACGUGGGGUAAUUGAUAAAUCUAGUUGUAGUAACACCUCCAGUUUGCGCCUAGCACGUUAACUAGAGGGUCCACGGUGGCCGAUAUUUCUCACUUCCCUGUCUUUCAUUCACACACAUUCCAUAGUUAAAGAAAAGGGGGAAAGACUAAGAUGGAAGGAACAAAAUGACUGAAUGAAGGAAGGAAGGAUAGAAAGAGUGGUGGAGGGGCUCUUUUUGUAACAGAGCGUCUAUGAUGAAGGCCACUCUCCUAUUCUGUGGUUACAAGUAUUCCCUGGGCACGACUCUAUACCUGAACGCAAGACUUUCUUUCAGUAUAGUACACACACACUGUAGUCCGACAAACAGUAUAGCCGUAAUCAGUGUUGGCCCCCAAAACUUCUUUGAUGGGGCCAACACUGGCAGGAACACUUGCCAAGGACAAGGCAACCAAAGGGAGGCAGAGGAGGUGUGGACACAUGGGCGAACAGGCGAUGAAAGAGAUUUAUUAAUUCAUGGCAACCCUGAGUACAGCUCUGGUUGAUGACGUGGCGAAAGUCAAAUCCAGUCUUAAAUGUAGUGCUUCAGAAAGGGACACAUCACCAAAUAAUCAUGUUAAAUGAACAAAUGAAUAACAAACAUCACAAUUAUUAAUAUUUCCGCCUUAGCAGCCAAAGAAAAGUUAAUCCCACCACCAACCCAUUUCUUUUAAGGGAAGACUCACACAAACAUAUCAAAUGAGAUUCAAACAUUAUGUAUCAAAUGAGAUUCAAACCACAUAUCAAAUGAGAUUCAAACAUCACAUAUCAAAUGAGAUUCAAACAUCACAUAUCAAAUGAGAUUCAAACAUCAUAUAUCAAAUGAGAUUCAACAAUCAGUGUGGCCAGACAAAUAGUGCAAUCUUCAAAAGCAGUAUCGCCAGACAAACACUUCAACCUUCCAACCAGUAAAGCCAGACAACUCUAUUUCCUUCAGUCCUGCCUUCAUAUUUACAGGACCUUCUUCACAAAGUCUUUCUAUUUCACCACAGAGCAAGAGAUUUAACCCACUUAUCAAUUGUUUUGUUUGAAUUCAUUUUGCUUGACCAUUAGUCCGAGGAUCAGUUGUGUUAGUUCUGCCUUGUUUCUGUGGACCUGUGUUUCUGUACCAUUUUAUUUGUACCACUUCAAGCUGGCAAUGCUGCUUCUUGCAUCAUUUUAUUUCAUUGGCUCUAUUUAACCUGGUAGCAGCGGGGAUCAUGUUUCUUAAUGGUCCUUCUAAGCGAGAAAAAUGAGAAAAAAUCAUCACUCACACCAAUCAUUUCAUAAUACAUAUCAAAGCAUUUGUGAUUAGUUUAUGUAUCAUCUAUUUUGGGGGAUUUAUAACAUGGCACAAAUUUGCCCCAUCGUUGCUACAUGGUAAAGCCACAAAUUUGCCCCGUCGUUGCUACAUGGUAAAGCCACAAAUUUGCCCUGUCGUUGCUACAUGGUAAAGCCACAAAUUUGCCCCGUCGUUGCUACAUGGUAAAGCCACAAAUUUGCCCUGUCGUUGCUACAUGGUAAAGCCACAAAUUUGCCCCGUCGUUGCUACAUGGUAAAGCCACAAAUUUGGCCAGUCGUUGCUACAUGGUAAAGCCACAAAUUUGCCCCGUCGUUGCUACAUGGUAAAGCCACAAAUUUGCCCUGUCGUUGCUACAUGGUAAAGCCACAAAUUUGCCCCGUCGUUGCUACAUGGUAAAGCCACAAAUUUGGCCAUCGCUGCUGCCAGGUUAAAAUAGACUGGAUUGUUGUGUCUUUCAUAUACAAUUCUAGUACAUGAUCACUUGGUAUGUCUUUUUUUAUAUGUAUCUGCAGUAAUAUAAAUCUACUUAUCUUU